AUGAACGUUUGCUUCGCUGCCCAUCCGGCCUUACCUCGUUCUGAGGGUCCCCAGGCCGAGGAGGGUACUAGGGCCGACCUUGUCUCCGCGGAGCCAGUGCCCAAGCCAAGCGAGCCAGUGCCCAAGCCAAGCGAGCCAGCGCCCUCGCAGAUCUAUGGCGUCCGACACGAGGAUGGCUACUGGGUGAAGGCCGAUCCUGGCUACCAGAAAGGCAAAUUCCUGGAGGAGGAAUUCCGGGCCGCCAACAUAACUACGUUGGCAGCCAUUGUGGAGAACGCCGCCACCAAACUAGGCAACAAGCCUUGCAUGGGCGUCCGCCAGGGCCUCGCCAAGAUUUGCCCGGGAGUUAGCCGCAGAGUCGCUAUAUUCGCUGAAACGCGUGCCGAGUGGUUCAUGUCGGCCAUGGGUUGCCUACGUCAAGGGCUGACAAUCGUGACUGUGUUCCCUAACCUUUCGGUCGAGGAAAUCGUGGCGUCACUUUGUGAGACUGAAGUUAAUGUGCUCAUAGUGUCGCACGCCACUCUCAAAACCACAGCGGAGGUUAUCAGCAAAUGUUCUGCGAUCAAGCAUGUGAUCGUGUUAGAAGAUCAGCUGGAAGGUGUAGGUAUAGUGCCCGAAGUUCUAAAGAACGUGUCUGUGAUCCCCUUCCAUGAAGUGGUGGCGACCGGAAAAGGCCUGAACGCCUCUUUACGCCAGCCGACUGCCGAAGAUGUGGCCAUCAUCCUGUACACAAGCGGUUCAAUGAGCCUUCCGAAGGGGACAGAGCUAACACACGCUAACGUAAUAGCUACGGUCAUCGGAUAUGCCUAUCAGUCAGAUCUUCGGCCAGACGACCGCUACUUGGCUUUCCUUCCCCUCGCUCACGUGUUAGAAUUCUGUUGCGAAAUUGCACUCGUGAGCCUAAACCUCUUAAUUAUGUACGGGUCGCCAAUGACCUUGACCAACAACAGCCCCAAAGUCAUGCAGGGCACGUUGGGCGACGUACAGGUGGCUAGGCCCACGUACAUAAACGCGGUGCCGCUCAUCCUUGACAGAAUCGUCCGGGGCGUCACUGAGAAGGUCUAA